UUGCGUGCUGGACACGUUUCUAAAUUCGACUUUAAUUAUGCAACGAUUUUCAUUUAUGUUAUUAUAGAUUAAGAAGUAAUCAUUUUCUGAGAUUAUGUGUUAAGUGCAACUAAUUGAAACUCAUUCACAUAUAGUUGAGUUAUUUUAAUAAGAAGAAGUACAACAAUGAAGUAACAUUGUUUUCCGAAUGUAGUCAGUGUGUUAGAUAAACAUCAUUAGCAAACAUGAGUUUCCUUUCUAUAUUCGGUGUGAUUAAAAGAAUAAACUUCAAGUUAUUUCAUACUGUGGCAAAGAAAUGUGACGUUAGGUGUACUAGAGAGUUUUCAACGCGCGAAUUGCUGAAGGAAGCAUAUUGUCGUACGAAAUUGAAAUGUCGAUCCAAGAAGCUGCCUCAAGAUGUAAAUCCACGGGGUGUGUUUGCCUGCAAUGAACUGGAUUUGUCAGAAGUGCAGGUGUAUGGAUUUGACUAUGACUACACACUGGCACAUUACAAACCUACCCUGGAGCAUUUACUCUACAAUCUUGGCAGAGAUUUAUUGCUGGAAAAAUAUAAGUAUCCAGCAGAAAUUUUGAAACUAGAGUAUAAACCCAACUUUGCUGUAAGAGGUCUUCAUUAUGACAUUGAAAAAGGCCUGCUACUGAAGUUAGAUUCAUUCCUUCAAAUACAAUUUGGAGCAGUUUACCGAGGCCUGACCCCCGUGUCUACAGAAGAGGUUCUCAAGAUAUACAAGAAUAGGAUUAUUCCAAUAGCUUAUGUGGAAGGUGACAUGAGGGCUCACAAAGCCAACAGGGCGAAGAUGGUGCAUUUAGCAGACUUGUUUUCCGUGCCAGAAAUGGGACUGCUAUGCAAUGUGGCAGAAUAUUUUAUUAGGAACCAUAUCGAUUACCAUCCUGAGAUCCUCUUCUUAGACGUUAAGAACUCUGUACAAAGCUGUCACCCUAUAAUGCACAAGAUAGUGGCACAAAAUGUGGAAGAAUACAUCAGGCCCAACCCAGAUCUGAGAAAGUACUUCCAGAUGUUGCAGCAAUCUGAUAAGAAGUUGUUCCUGGUUACGAACAGUCCGUACCACUUUGUUAACGCGGGCAUGGAAAUGUUGGUGGGCCUGGACUGGCGAGAGUUCUUCGACGUGGUGAUCGUGAACGCGAACAAGCCUAAGUUCUUCACGGAGGUGUCGCGCCCCAUCCGCGUGUUCGACAAGAACGCCAACACGCACAUCUGGGAGAAGGUCACUUCAUUAGAGAAAGGAAUAAUUUAUUAUGAGGGCACAGUGAAGCAGCUGCAAGACCUGACGGGCUGGAGCGGGCACCAGGUGCUGUACUUCGGCGACCACCCGUACAGCGACCUGGCCGACGUCACGCUGGAGCACGGCUGGCGCACCGGCGCCAUCAUCAACGAGCUCACGCACGAGAUAAACACGCUGAACACGCAGGAGUUCAAGGAGAACGCGAACUGGCUGCAAAUGCUCACGCAGCUCAUCGAGGACCACCAGGACUACAAGGAGCCCGAGGCUGUUGAGGUUCUUGCGCAAUGGAUGGCGGAGAGGGACUUCCUGAGGAACGAAAUCAAAGCAGUGUUCAACGCCCAGUUCGGCAGUGUGUUUCGGACUUACCACAACCCCACGUACUUCUCGAGGAGAUUGUUCCGUUUCGCGGACAUCUACACGUCUAAUAUAAGGAAUCUGCUCAACUACUCAUUAACGCAUACGUUUUAUCCUCGCCGCGGUGUUAUGCCACACGAAUAUGGAUCCUAUUUCGUUUAGAUUAAGUUAAUAACUUGCGGUGUAAAGUCGGGCUUGAAGUUUAGGUCUAUUUUACAGUAAAAUAAAAUGACCAUUUUUAAAGUCAGUUCGAGAAAUUACUACCUUAUGGGCUCGACUACUGUAUAAUGUAUAUGUGACAUUCUCAGGCAGAAGGUACCACUUCACUUGUUAAUAAUUUACAUCGAAAUUAUGUUUUUAUCCGGUACUUAUUGUUACCGCCAAAGCUUACCUUUUACCUGAUCACGACACACGUUUAAUUGUACCGGGUGGGGCCUGUAACGGGAGCAAACGUUAAACUAGGCUGUUCUCCUCAAACUGACCAACAUUUGCUCGGCGACUUUUAACAAUAACUUGUGUUUUGAUUUUUAGUACACUUUAAAGUUUAUUCUAAGACGCAAUGUGUUGCGUAUUUUGUUGUUUAAAGCGUGACAACCAACGUCAAUUACAAUGAUCCAUCCAUUGAAAAUAAUAUUUAAUUUGUAUGAAAAAUAGGAAGUAUACAGACUUCAUAAUUUUUUAAAGUUUUUGAACAAUAGUGUCAUCGUUUGAGGAGUACAAUCUAUGUUUUAAUUACUUGCUCGUGCUCGUAUUAUACGCCACACCCGAUAUACUUUAUUUAAGAGAAACUGGCAAACAAUCAGUGCAAAUAUGAUGAAUCUGUAAAUAUUUAUAGUUAUUCUAAUUUGUAAAUACACCGAAUCUAUUCGUUUUAGCAGUUUUAGAAUAUAAAAUGUAUAAACAAUAUUUUAUCCAUUUGUUAAUGCUAGUUGAAUUUUUUUUAUUCUUUAACAUAUAGUUUAUACAAGAUUAAAUAUUGCAUUUUAGAAGAACUAUUUAUGCUAGCAGCAUUUUUGCUUAUUUUUCGAAUAAAAUACACUAAAAGCAAAUCGUGUCAAAUAUGUAAAUACUUGUCAAUAUUGUUACAUAUCAACAUUUUCUACCAUUGCCGGUCUAGUCUAGUUACUUUCACAUACUUUAGCUUUGGUAGGUGGAUCUUGUCAUUAUCAUAUUUAUCAUUAACUCUUUAAAUGCCAAUGACAGUAAAUUAUUUUUUCUCAAACCUGGAAUGAAAUGUUGACAUGACUUACUUGAAAUUAGGUUCGGAAAUACUACGUAUCCGGUGCGAUGAGUGAAGAUGAUAAUUAUGUAAAGGCAUUUCACACAGCCUUACACACCUAGGCCCGUAGAGAAACCUUCUCUGAAUGCCAAGGCCCAACGCCUUGGCAUUCAACCAUCACAUAGUAGUAGAUUCGUAAUUUGUUUUUAGUUGUGUAAACCUACGAAUAAAACAAAUUUAAUUUUUUUUUUCAUUGUAAGUUUGAGAAAAGCACUAUACAAAUCUCGUCGAGAAACGGGGUUGCCGGCCGCGUAUGCCUAUCCUAUCCCACCUCGCUACGCUCGGCCGUCUAUAUCUACUUGUCCUGCAACCCUUUGUUUCCCGGCCUCUAUAGUAAUGUACUAUCAAUCAUUCCUAUUGUUCCAUUUUGAAAAUGUUGUUAAAUCAAUGAACAUAAUGACAGUGUACAUUACUUAGGUACUUUUAAGUUAACUGUGACGUAUGUAACGUGGAGAAUAGAAGGCAUUUAAAAAGUUAAUCAUAGUCUUUUAGAUUAUUGUAGCUACGAUAAUCUACGUGUAAUAUUAAGCAAGUAUGUAACUAAUGUUUUCUAGUCAGAAGUAUUUACUAGUGACUAGUGUUAAGUUCAUGUUGUUUAUAUUUAUUUCCUUUCGUUCCUUCAUCAGUUUAACUAUAAGGAAUGGAAUUGAAGUAUUUUUAAUAUAAUAUAAUCGUUCAUACAUUAAGGUUGACUAGGUAUACUUCUUAGUACCUACGACGUCCCUUCUUUUCGACAUUUGUAUAGAAAAGUACUUUUGAUCGGAAUCGUCAAAAUCGAAUUAGAGGGUAGAGUAAUUAUAAUCGUUUUGGACUUACCCUCAAAGGGAUGUUAAAAUUUCUAAGACAAUGUUUUCCUUGAAGCGAAGUCAACUGGGUUGAUGUCUCGUAUUAGUAAACUCCUAAGUACAUGUAAAAUUUCAUUGAAAUCGUUGAAGCUUGUUUCGAGAACUCCUCUUCUUACUUAUAUAUAUUUUAAUAAUGUUCGUUAAAUAGUAUAUAAUGAACUUUUAUAUUCUCAAUACCAUGCGUAUAAUACCGAAUGAAUCAACCAAUUUACUUUUUAUUUAGUGAAUUUAGACUUUUUUUCAUGAGAGGAGAUCUCUGUCCUGCCCAGCAGUGGGAUGUAUAUACAUAAGUUGAUAAUCACUAAUCUAGCAUUCAACGCAUUUCUAGUGCAAUAUUCAUAGUUGUUACUUAUGAGAAAACCCUAAAGGGCCUUGAACAUCACUGUUAAGUAUUUUUGACUAUUGUUUUUUGGAUUAUUAUACUCUUCUUGUUUAUUAUACUUCGUGCGAAUAUUGUUGAUGCAUUUUGUAAGAAAUUUCUUUUUUGUAAAGAUAUUUGUAACAUUUUCAGGCAAAAGGUAGGAUACAGUUGGUUUUCGAUAUAAAUUGAUACAGAAUGCUUUAUAAAUACCGACAGCCAGUUUACCUUUUGCUUAAAAGUGGCACAUUUGAUGGUAUAAUUGUGAAAGAUUACUUCACGCAUAGGUGACCAUAAUGUUGUAUACAUAGAAGCAUAUUUAUCAGCGCCUAGUGAUCCAUUAGAAUAUAAUUAUAAUUAUGUAAAAUAAACUUUUAAAAUGUGUUUAUUACGUUAAGUUUUUGUAAAUUAACGUCCUCCAAAAUAGGUGAUUGCAACUUCUAAUUUCUUUUAUCUACACACAUAUCAUAAACCCUCUAUGAUGCCUUCAAAAUCCGUAAAUAAUGGCCAACAUUACGAUAAACUGUUUUGUUACAAUAAAUGUCUUAUCUGUGAUAAUGUAGUUAUUGCUUCACAACUACAUCAAAAUCGAUUUGGUUAUGCAUUCAAAUUUGGAACAUCUCUGAAAAAGAAAGCAAUUCGUUUUGACCUCUAUUCUAAUAUCAGUCGAGAUGUCUUGUUCGAAAUGAAAUGUCAAUUGCAUACAAUUUUGACAUAUCUCGCAUGUUAGUUUGUAUCGAAUGAUACGGAAAUGGGCCCCCGACUCUAAUUUGUCUCUGAAUCAAAAAGAAAAAACUACAUACGUGAAAAAAAAAAUCAUUUGCCGCCACUUGACGUACAGUUCAUCUUUUAAUUUGUUUUAAGUAUAAAAUGAAUAUGUUUUGUUGUUUUUAAGGUAACUAUAGCAAAAAUUUCGUGUAAAAUAAGCGAUAAAAAUAUUUCGGUGACGCCACCACAUAUCCGCGAGUUCCGCCAAGAGAGCAACAAUUUGGCAACGAUGCCCUAACGGAGGCUGUAAUUUGGGUUAGUGAAUAUUUCAUAGAAAGUUUAUAAUAUGUGUGUAGAUAAAAUAGUGUAUGUAACUGUACAUUAUAAGGCAUUAAAACACUCGUGUGAUCUUUUUAAGAAACUCACUUCCUUCGUUUGUAUUUUAAUGCCUUGUAUUAUGUAGCAGUCACAUAAACUACUAUUACUUUCUAAUUAAUUAUGAGAUGGGGAAUAUAAAAAUAAUGUAUGACAAUGUACGGCAUGUGAUAUAAGACAGAGUUACAUUUUAUAAAUAUAUUUGUAGUUCUUUCCUGUAUUUAUUAAAUAAAAGUUGUGUUACAAUUAUUUAUUGCUUGUUACUGGCAAAUUGGAUUUGCCAGACUAUAUAAUUAAUUAUUCAUUGUGAUAGCUAUUGUUGUUAUGUUGUUAUAAAUUCCUCUUUCUAUUAUUCACAAAAGACAGCACAUUUAUUUGAUUAUAUAUUGAUCAUGAAAUCCAUCAACUUUAGUUGCCAAGUCCUCCUUACACAAGUUACUAGCAAUAUCAAGUCUGUGAUAAUGUCCGCGGACGCCCCUACUUUUACAUCUAAAUAAAUAAAUAAAUAAAUGUAAUAAAGUAAUAAGCUAUUUUCUACUUAAGUCAUGCAUGCGUGAAGUUAUCUGUUAAGGGGGCCUAGCCAAGACGACGUCGAGAGACGUUACAGUCGUUUGCGCCGUAACGAACGAGACGCAUUUCUCUGUCUAUCGCACUAAUAAUAUGGAAGAGUGAUAGAGAGACAGCAUUUCGUUCGCUAUGGCGCAGACGAUUGUCAUCGUGGCUAGGCCCCCAGUACUUUUGUUAGGUACUAUAGCGUUAAGUACAUCGUGCGGUUGACCAGAAUUAAACCAUAGAUUCUGAUGUUUAAUGGGAAUACCGGCUACUUUUGACGUAAAUCCUAUUUUCCAAAAUGAACAAGUUUUAAAAUAUUUGUCUUUAGACAAUCCCGCCCUAGACACAAUAGGAUGUCGUAUGACUUCAUUCAUUUGUUGGGUAUUGACAAACAAGUACAUAGUGAACGAUAUUCAUUUAUUCAUUUUUUUUUUCAUAUGUUGAUGUUGCAUCAACAAAUAAAAUCAGGUGUUAAUAAUUAAUUAAACUUUAUUUAUUAACCUGUAGUUCCCAUUACCGCCAGAAAUAAUGGUUAAAGUUGGUCGGGUUGUUUGCGCCCACGCUGAAUGAAAGAAUAUUCCAAAUUUUUCUAUGGCUGUCGUAAUAUCAUCAUCAUAGACUAGACUGUAAAUGUAUACGACAUGUAAAUGCGACUUAGUUUCUUUAAAGUGUGCCAUAGGUAUAGACAAUAAUGUAUAACUGAGUCUCUGUCGUAAAGUUGAAUUUAUUAUGAAGUCAUCACGUCGUUUGUAAUCAACAGUAUCGCAAUUAAAAACAUAUUGAUAUGAGA